AUGGCCUCAACCAAGGCAACUAUCAGGUUCAUUGAGCUACAUCAUGUGGCAUAUCUCAAUGUGCGGGUCGAGAAAGCAGCCAGCAAAAUGCUAAACCCGACACUCGUGCAGUCUGCCCUUGACUCGCCAUCAAAUCAAAAUCGCUACGGCGGAGUCAAGGACCUGAGCCAUUUAAGUGCAGCUUUGGGAUAUAAGCUGAUCAAGAACCAUGGAUUCGCUAACGGAAAUAAGCGGACUGCUGCCCUGGCUGUGCACCUGUUCCUUUUGCAGAACGGGAAGAGAGUGCAGAAUAAUCCUUUUGAUGUGGAAGAAAACCUCGACAUCAAGAAUGCGCACGCUAUGGUAGCCGAAGGAAACAUGACUGAGGCAAAAUUGGCCUCCGUUUAUGGUAUAGCAUGGCAAAACGCCACAGAGGAGGACUAUAAGGAUGCAGCGAAUCUAGGUCAAGGCGAGGUGGAGAAGGCAAGCGAAGGACGAUCACCAGCCGAACAGUAA